ACCCCCGCUAAGCUGAUGGGAUGCGCGCAAACGCCCCCCAGACCGCGCUCUUCCCCCGCUGCUUCCCCGGCGGCUCCAGGUCUCCGGGAAACCGUUGUUUAAGAUCUAGAAGAGGCGGGUGAUACAGAUAAGCUACAUUUGACAGAGAAACUGAGACUCGGGGGAAGCUCCUGCCCCCCCUAAGUGCGGACUGUUCUGUGACCGUUUUGUUGGAACCCAGACCCCAGCACCUAUUUAGGUGCCCAGUUAAGUGUGAGCCAGAAAGGAUGGAGCGUCGUUACCCGCUGAGACCACCAGAGGGCGACGAGGGGCGACCGAAAGUAACCCCGCCCAAAGAACUUGAGAGCUCCCCAACCCCGGCGCAGCAGGGCGUCGGGGGCGGAGACAGACUUCCUCGCCGGGAGAAAACGAGGUACCCGGAUGCAGAAAAGAGCAGCGGACGGGCGACGAGUAGGCGGGUCUUAAAGGAAUGAGGCGAGAGUAGGCAUCACGUGACGUAGACAAGUGGGCGGGAGGGACGCACGCUCCCCUCGCUCUGGUCUCCCAGGCGACGGAGGCACUUCGACCGCCUCACGUGAUGCGGGGCUAUCCGCCAAUGGGGGAGCGCAGCGGAGAAUUUCGAACGAGACUCCGGAAGCCGCCGAGUAAACGGAACCAACGGACCCGGCCGCAGCCGGAGCCGGCGCCGCUGGCGGGGGACGCCGGAGCUCGGAGAAGAUGUCGAAGGAAAAAUGCCUUAAAAGAUCCAUUCAGGAUAGUCUGGAAGAUAUAAAGGAACGGAUGAAAGAGAAAAGAAAUAAGCGAUUGGCACAAAUUGGCAAACCCAAACCUAUACUGACUGCAAAGUGCAAGAUUCUCACCAAUCCAUCUACACAGUUGAAAAGUUACCAGGAAAACAACAGAGCUCUAGCUUUAGCUCUAGAAAAUGAAAGAUCCAAAGUGAGGGAUGCCCAUGACACCAUCCUACAUUUGAAGAAAGAAUGCCAAUACCUAAACCUUCAGCUAUUUGUAGUAAGAAGACAGCUGACUAAGCAAGCAGAAGAUUCUUCUCAGGCUAAACUGUCAACUUUGAGAGGCAUUAUUUGUAAGGUCACUCAAAAAUUGCUAGAGACAGCUGACCUUCUUACCCCAGCUCAAGCUUUGUGUUCUACAGCUCUUAACCAGAGAAUAUGUACCUCAGAAACCAAGGAAUGCUACAAUGAAGAUAUCUCCAGUGACUCAGCAGUAAAUUAUUCACCGCAACUUCCAAGAUCUGUACCUGUUCUGGAUGCUGACCUUCCAGGAAAAAAUGAAUCAUUUCAAAUAGAAGGAGAAAGCUCUCCUGUUUGUCAAGACACACUGGGGCUUAAUAUUGAGACUUCUUCUCCAAAUGAAGAGGAGAAGCCACCAAACAGUGUCUUACCAAGAAGUGUGUCUGUUCGGCGCUGCAGUGUACGGAAAACACACACUGACAUAUGUCACCUUGAAACCUUAGACCAUUUAGAAAUUGAUAAUAUGGCAAAGGAAUUUUGUAAACUGGACAGCCUUGAAUCUGAGGAAAAUCCAGUAAACAAUCUUGUCACUGAUAAGCUAGACCAAAAUAUCUGUCAGUGGAACAAGAACCAAAUUAAUUUAUCCCCAGCACUCCUUGAGCCAGAUGUUCUUACUGAAACAGAAUGUGUGGUGAUGGAACCUGAAGUGAAACAAACUGAAAUAAAAAGCAAAAACACACAACGAGGAAAAAGAGAACAGAAAGGAAAAUCCGGUGGGAUGCAGAAAUCCAAGUGUGCAUCAAAGGGCAGAAAGAGCAAAAGUGUAGGUAAUAAAGCUCUUUCCAAGGAAAAAGUAGAUGAGUCUAUUGACUCCAGCGAUGCCUACAAUUUUAAUUUUGAAGAACGUGUUCACAUCACUCCUUUCCGUCAAAAGAAAGUGAUUGAUGAUUGUGAGCAAGAAGAAAUCAGCAUUCAGUCUGAAAUGAACAGCUCUGAAUCAAGUAUUUCAGAACGAGAUUCUGGUGAACUCUAUGUACCUUUUAAACAAAAAUCCAAAUACAUGCAAAAUCUGGACUCUUUUUUAAGUCCAGUCCAAAUGAGACCCCGGUCCAAAAGGGUGCUCUUAGAGCAGAAGAAAUGUAUGGCUGAAACCAACCCUGAGAGCUCUGUACGAGCGGACACCAGCCACUGCAUCAGUUCACCUUCUGAAACUCAACAAUCAUUUCAUCUCAGCUUGAAGGAUGUCACCAAUAUCCAUCAGACUUCUGGUGCAAAAAGCAGAAAACAUUCCAUGCCAUUCAGCAAGAGUGAAGAAAGUUCUGCUUUGCCCCUGCGUAAGCGCAGGUGUACCCUCAGUGUCAAUUAUAAGGAACCUGCACUUGCCACAAAAUUGAGAAGAGGAGACCCAUUUACAGAUGUAUGUUUUUUGAAUUCUCCAAUUUUCAAGCAGAAAAAGGACUCUAAACAACGCAGAUCUUCAAAGAAGCAUUCUUUGUCCAAAUACGAUGAAGCUUUUGUUGGAUGUCGUUGAAAUUCAUCUUAUACUCUCUUGCUUGAAAAGAAUUGAUGGUGUUAUUGGGCCAAGAGUAGGCAGAAGCAUUGAUGUGAAAAGUUCUGUUUUUAAAGCACUAUUGUGUUUUAAAAACGUAUCUUCAAACAUUUGACAUUAGUUUUUUUUUGUUGUUUCCUACUGUAGAUGAAUAACUUGUCUUACCUUAAAAGCUUAAAUGUAUUAUACUACGUAAAGCCCCUAGUUUUAAUGAAAAUUAUAUUUCCUAUAGUAAUUGUAGAGAAAAUUGUGAUGGUUAAUUAGACAAACUAAAAUCUUUAAAUUAGUAAACUUCACACAUUUCUGUUCUCCCCAUAUAUGGGGGAUCAUAACUGUGAAAUGUCUUAAAAGACAAGUAAAGAAUCAUUCAAAAUUAAUUAUUCAUUUUCAUUAUCUGCUAACAAUAAUAUUUCUGGUCACUUUGUAUGAUUCAGUUUGACUUUUUGUAGCCUUGUAUAUAUCUUCUUAAAUUUAAGAAAUCUGUUAUACCAGAAAUAAUAAAAGUUUUGUAA